AUUUUUAUAGCCGAUUAGCCAACUCACUUGCUUCAUACUUGUUGAUUCCGAACUAUUUUACUGAAAUUUUCUGAUCAUUUCUUGUAUUAGCUAAAUAUUAAUUCAACAUUCCUAUAUUCAACGGAUUUAUGGAUUAGUUUCAAGUCGUUAAACUCCACUAUUUUCCCUUUUCUCUCAGCACACAUACUUCAAUAUGUGUUAUAAUCUCUCUCUUUCUUCUUACAGUUUAUGACCCAGCUUAUUCCUAUUGCUUGGUAUUCUCGGACACCGAUUCACUCGACAAGUCCCCAAAUCAGAACACGGUUGAACAAGAAAGAGAUUAUAUUCCAAAUAGGAAGUCAGAAACCAGUAGGAAGCACAAUAGGGGAAAACGUCAGUAUAUUUAUAGUUUUUACAUAAGAAAAAUCCAGAAUAUUCUCCAACUAUCGACUAGCGCUGAUUGGAUAAGAAUUAGCCAAUCAGCGUGCACCAAAGCAAUCAUGCAUUGAGCAUGCUUUAAUCUAGUCUAUGUCCCGCUAACAAUAUAAAUGUUGAUCAUCUAAGCAAGAUCAACGAUCCUGAUGAGCACAGGUUUAUAGAAUCAUCAGUGUACUUCUUUUGCUAUUUUUCAAACAAUUAAAACCUCGGGUUUCUUGAAGUGUUUCUAUUUUAUUUGUUUGUUAACUUUGACAUGAUCACUUUUGAAAUUUAUAGGUUGCUACAAAUACUGAGACGAGUAAAAAUGUUGGUCAUGCGAUUCUCUAUGAAAUCGUGUUAACAAUAAUGGGAAUAGAAUCAGAUCCAGGAUUGCGAGUUCUUGCCAUAAAUAUUUUGGGUCGGUUUCUACUAAAUACUGACAAAGACAUUCGCUACGUCGCUCUCAAUACUUUGUUGAGAGUUGUGCAUGCUGAUUCUAAAGCUGUACAGAGACACAGAUUGACAAUAUUGGACUGUUUGAAGGAUCCUGAUGUUUCGAUACAAAGGCGUGCUAUCGAUUUAUGCUUUGCAUUAACAAAUCAUACGAAUGUUUGUUCAAUGGCCAAGGAACUUCUACUUUAUUUACAAAGUUGUGAUAAUGAAUUCAAAGGAGAUGUUUGUUCAAAUAUCUCAAUAGCAGCCGAGAAAUAUGCUCCAAAUAAAAGGUGGCAUGUAGACACCAUGAUGAAAUUGUUAACCACCGCUGGAAACUAUGCUCGGGAUGAUGUCGUCUCAUCUCUGGUUAGCCUGAUUUCUCAAAAUCCUAGUCUACAUGCGUACGCUACCGUUCAGCUAUUCAGUGCUAUGAAUGGAGCCAUGUCUCAACAACCUUUGGUUCAGGUAGCGUGUUGGACAAUCGGGGAAUAUGGUGAUUUGUUGGUUUCGCCAGAACCUUCUGAAGAUAUUCCGAACCCAGUUACUGAAUUAGAAUUGAUUGCUGUGUUACAGCGUGCUCUAGUUAGUGUGACAUCGACAGUGCAAACAAAACAAAUGGUUGUAAACACACUUGUUAAACUAACCACCCGUUUUACUCCAACACAUUUAGAAAAACUAAAAGAGCUCAUUAAGUUUUAUUCGACUAAUGUGAAUCUGGAGCUGCAACAGCGUUCUGUUGAAUACAGCAAAAUUUGCUCGCAACCUAUAAGUAUUCGUAGUGGUUUGCUUGAUUGUAUGCCAGUACUACCAACAAAUGCUUUGUCUGGAACUUCGAAUCCAGAUAACUUGAGUCGUGGAAUUAAUGAAGGUGAUGGUGUCGAAUCUGAAGAAGGUAACAUAGGAGCUGCAAAAACUCUGUCAGUUAAUGGCUCAACUAAUCAGUCUCAGUCGCUUACCAUUUUCGAUUUAUUGGGUCCAGAAAGCGAAUCGGAUUCUCACAUGACUCAAAACGCAACCACGAAUCAUUCUGAUACUGGGACUAACUUACUAGAUCUUCUUGAUGUAUUUGCUCCAUCUGAAAUGACAGUGUCUAGCAAUACUCAAAAUGCAACAGGAUUUUCAAGUGAUUUAUUUGGCACUAAAAAUGGUUUUGGUGCCCCUAUUAUUCAGCCUGCUCCUCAGCCUUCUGUCUUGGAUUUCAACUUUGUCAAUGAUUCUGGUCCAAGUUUGACAAAUCAAGUCCCGUCAGUUCCUUCCAUCACGAUAUACAAUUCGAAUGAGAUAAGAAUUGUAUUCAACUUCGUGCCUUCUGCUGUAUUAGAUGGUCAUUUUAACAUAAUUACUAUCCAGUUAGUGGCAACUACUACGAGUCUUCAGCCAAUUGAUUCUUUUGAAUUCCAGGCUGCUGUGCCCAAGUCUUGCCAGUUACAGCUUUUUCCACCAUCAUCUAGUUCUAUUCUAUGUGGCCCUAACUCUACUCCACUAACACAAGUGUUGAAGCUUAGCGUUCCACCGAAGGUACGUCCACGUAUGAAGAUUCGUUUGCAGUUUGUCAAAAACGGUGAGACAAAAACGGACGAGUUUCAACUCGACGAGUUCCCACAAGUAUUGUGGCAGUAAUAUUUGGAGAAUUCUCUAUGAACUAAACAAAACCAUUCAUGAACCCUCAAGUCUAACCCAAAAUAAGUGGGGAGUUAAUCUUAUUCUGGCUGUGCUUAAUCGUGUAUUUCUGCAAAAAUAAUUAAUAUGUUGUUUUUUGUUUGUAUAAAAUGUUAUGUGUACCCAAGACUGUUUAUUGAAACUGCCACAGUACCUCCAUUGUUUCUUGUUAUCAAUUUUCCACCAGCUCCACAUCCUACUAUCAUGUAACUCGAAUUUUUGCAUAUCGUUCCGGCAAGAGUAACAAAUAAACCCGAUAUGCAAAUUUUCACUGUCUUGCUACUACUGAUCUUGGGAUAAAUUUGAUUUCUUUUAUCUUUGAUACACUUGUUUUUUGUUUAUGUCAAAAUCUCAUGUUUUUGCAUCUUAUUUGUCUGUUUCAUCAUGUUUAAUGGUUUCUUUUGUAUCAGAAGUAUUUUAUUUUAGCUGACAGUUACAGGUGUGCGUACAAUUAAUAUUUCAACAUUCCGACUGUUUUCAUGAUCAGAUGUAACAGACUAUUUCUUUGGGUAAAAUAAAGAUUGACUGAUCGACUACUUUUCUGAAAAGUAUCAGUUUGAAUCGGAAUUCAUUGUCAGUUACUCUCAUGAAUUCUAUUGUGUUUGCUGAUAAAACUUUCCAUGUUGAAUCAGACUUUCUUUUAUGCACGAAUAAUAUUUUGAAUUCUCCGUAUUAUAGUCUUGUUUUUUCUGUGAUGCAAUUAUUCUGUUCAUUAUUUUACAAUUAAUUGGUUUAAAAAGGUAUAUUAUUGUGAAACGGAAAGUUCAAUAUAGGUGUUCAUUCAGUUUUUUUCAAUUAUAUUGUUUGCAAGCAAUUACACCUUGUAGUUAUGAGUUUAUGGUUUUUACUUGAGUUAUAUUAACCAAAGAAUUCAAAGUAAUCAUUCAACAUUGAACACAUCUAUGGAUAUUUAUAUCUAAAACGUUAGUCAGAUGUGUUCAAAUGGUUUUAAGAAACAAAUUUUUUACGUAAUGAAAAAAUAUUGGACUGUUGAAAUAGUAUUGUUAUUCUGUCUUAA